UCCGGGAUGGAGUCGGUCGCGAUGGAAACGCGGCCAUUUCGCCCCUCUCAUUGUCUCCCUGUCUCCCUCCCUCCAUUCUGCUGUGUUGCGCAAACAGUUUCCUCCUGAAUCAUGUCGCCGCCCCUUCCCAGCACCCCGUUUAUCGGGGGUUUAACCGUCAGGCGGCUUGAAAAAUGACCCGAAAUAAACACCAUUUCCCAACCCCACCUCCCUCACUUUUAUAAUGAUGAUUUUUACUCGUUUUACUAUCAAAUCCGUCCUGACCACCACAAAGAGGCCCGAUACACAAAGGACGACCCGGGAGGGCGGGCUCGAUGCCGGUUCACGCUGUCGGGGCCUGGUUUGAGGUUAUCGGGGUUGGGAAGCACAUUGGCUCCGGGUUAAGGAGACCCUUACCCCCUACCCCGUACCCCCGCCCACGCUUUGAUCUGGAAGGCCCGGGAUUUACAUACACACACUCUCUCUCUGUCUCUCCACCUCGCCAAGGGACAUCUCAGAGGGGCCGUGAGGCACUGAGUGCGGGUUUGCAGCAGGCCCCGAGUAACCGAGCCCCCAACCCCCCGGGAUGAGGGGCUGCAGGGAGCGGCUGUGGGCUGGGAUCAGAGCGGCUCACAGCCGGGCCCGAGCGCCGUGCGCCACCGCCGCUUUCCUGAGCCUCAUUCUCCUGUCGUGGUUGAUUGGGGCCGAAGAGGCCUUUUCCCUGACAGCCGACCCGCUGUUCCCUCACCACCAAGUGUACCGUUUACUGAGCUACUGUUUUGUCCAUGGCAAUAUCUUUGCUUUGCUCGUCAACAUUGCAUUGUUAGUUGUCUUCAGCAGCCGUUUGGAGCAACAGUUGGGCAGUGUUCGAUACCUCUACUUCUCUGUCCUUUUUGCUGUUUUUUCUGCACUUCUUUAUCUGCUCUUGGGAAAACUACUAAGUCUUGAUGAAACACCAGUGUGUGGUUUUACAACUGUCCAAUUUGCUAUGGUGACGCUAAGCUGCUGUAACUCUGAAAUGAAAAGGACCAUCAUCAUAGCUGCAGUACCUUGGAUACUUCUCCCUGUUGCCUACCUUGUUAUCCCGGGUUCAUCCGUACUUCUCCACAUCUGUGGAAUUAUUGUUGGCCUGACCUAUAGCUGUAGAUUUUUGUUUUGCCUGGAGUUGUCAAACUCAGUGAUAGAAUCUGUUGAAAGGCUGGCUAUCUGUAGAUUUCUGCAACUUAACUCCUGGAUUCCAUUUAUCUUCUCUCCAACAAAAUACCAUCUUCCUGUUAGUAACCUUGAGAGAUUCCAUCCUGUGUCAGAGGUCUACGAAACUCAUGAAUUCUCAAUGGCGCACGUAACAGCUGUCCCUGAUGAUUUUACAACAAGAGAAAGCAAUAGCUACAAUAUUAAAAUGGAUUCUCAGUGGACCGAAACCCCCAACCAGACAAUGCCUAUUUCACAGCCUCACACCGGAUCCGCACGUACCAAUUACUUACAAGCAGAUCUAUACCAUCCAUAUGGUUUUACAUAUCCUAGACAACUGGAUCCAAACUCUCAUCUCUCUGAAUUUUAUCACAUGAAUCCAGAUGAAAUCUAUUCUGCUGUUGCUUGUGGCCUUCUCACUGAUGAGGACCUUUUUCACGCUGGUGUUGUUGCCUCCUUACAAGAAUCCGCAAUGAACCAGAACAGCAAGGUGGAAAUACCUAAAUCUUCUGUCUCUUCUCUCCGACUACAACAAUUAAAACAGAUGGGCUUUUCAACUGAAAAGGCUGUUUUAGCACUGGCUGCUUCAGGAAAGGUAGAGAGUGCCGUUAACCUUCUAGUGGAAGACCAAGUUGGAGAGGAUGCUGUUGUGACUGCAAAUAUGAAAAUGAUAUCCAAGUGAAUGUUACUGGUACUGCUAAAUAAUUUCUCCUGCCAAAGCAAAUGACUUUACAGGCUCUUAAAAGCAGAUUUAAAUGCAGCCAUUCAAUGUUACUUUUGAAUGGGUCACAAAAAUUACAUAUGAACACAGUUCAGUCCAUUUUUGUACAUUUGCAUUUAUGUACCAAUAAAAUUGUUCCUUAAA